CCAGCCCCGCACGGCGCCGCGGCAGCAGCUCCAGUUCCAGGAAGGAUGUUACCUUGGUUGGUGAGAGUGUUAGUGCUACCGCUUCUGCUGCUCCCCCUGGGUCGGGCUGCCCCAAAGGAUGGAGCCACCAGGCUGGCCCCAGAAGUGCAGCAGCAGCCCCUGUCCAACCCCUUUCAGCCAGGCCCAGAGCAGCUCCGGCUUCUGCAGAACUAUCUAAAGGGAUUAGAGAAGAUGAAGAGGGAAGAAGAGCCAGAGGACAUGAGCCGGAUUCUCCUCUACCUCUUUGCCUUCCAUGACUAUGACCAGAGUGGAAAGCUGGAUGGCUUGGAGCUGUUGUCCAUGCUGACAGCAGCUCUGGCCCCUGGAGCUGCUAACUUUCCCAUCAACCCGGUGAUCCUGGUAGUAGACAAGGUGCUUGAGACCCAGGUGGAUGGAGACGGGCUCAUGACCCCUGCAGAACUCAUCAACUUCCCAGGAGAGUUCCCCAGGCAUACAGAGUCCAGAGAGCCCCCUGCACCAGCUCCCCAGGAGCCUCAAGCUACUGGGAGGCUAGCUGCUAAAAGCCCACUGAGACAAGAAAUCCACGAAGCCCUGGAGCCCCAGGAAGAAGCUGGGGGCCAGGAAGAGGCCAGAAGGGAAUCCUUAGAGCCUAUGCAGGAGGCUGGGCUUCAGACAGGGGUCCAAGGAGAUGCCCCAGGUCCUGGAGGGGAGGCUAGAGAACAGGUAGAGAUGGAAGGAGAUGCCCCAGGUCCCAUAGAGGGUGCUGGGGGACAGGAAGAGGCCGGGGACCAUGGAGGGGAAGCCAAAGAGCUUCCAAGGGAAACACUGGAGUCCAAGAACAGCCCAAAUGAGUUUGAGGUUCAUAGUAUUCAGAUGGACAAUGAUGAGAUAUAA